AGGUGAGAGCGAGAGGGACGAUACUGCGCGAGAGAGGCCGGGUGCGGGUGCGUCGUUGUUUGGAUGCCGCUGUUUCAAAGUGGUGGCUUUUGGUAUUUUUUGAGGGGGGUUUUUGAGAGGAGAGAACUGACGGGAUUCGCUUCACAGUCCGGAUUUGUGAGAGGCCGUCAUACGGAAUGGGUUCUCAUGCCGUUUAUUAAAUCUAGCCCGCACCAAAUUUGACAAAUAAACAGCCUCAUGGGACGCCUAAGAAAACCUGUAAAGGGGAGAAUUGACUGAAACCACUGGAUCAAACCGAUACGUCUCAGUGAUGGCUUCCGACAUUUCGUUUCUCUGGAAGAGCACCGCCCUUCACUUAUAUAAAGAAGUCAGACGAAUACUCGAGGAAUACCCAACGGGAACAGUACGGAAGAUGGGUCUAUUAACAAUAGCAGCAGUCGCAGCCGGAGCAGUUGGUUCAGUAGCUUUAGCUCCAGUUGUGCUAACGGCAGUAGGAUUCACGGCUGGCGGUAUAGCGGCAGGAUCUUAUGCCGCUGCGAUGAUGUCAUCUGCAGCGGUGGCGAAUGGCGGAGCGGUAGCGGCCGGUAGUGCGGUGGCAGUACUUCAGUCUGUCGGAGCAGCUGGUUUGGCCGGUACCGGGACUGCCGCAGUGGCAGGUGUAGGAGGUACUGUAGGAGGAUUGGUGGCGCUUCUAGUGUAACAACACCUUCCACAGCCAGUUCUGACUCAGCACGGAAAUCGCCGUACAAUGAAGUCAAUGAAGUCUUGUUUAUCAACAUUUAUUGUUACUUUAGUCUAAACUCUGGAAUGUAGUUUCUCAUUUUUGAGUCAAUCUCCUGUUGUCACCUCAAAUUAGCCUGUCUUGUGUUAUGGUUGCUAUGACUUACUCAAUAAACAAAUUCAAUAAUAAAUAAAUAAUGUGGAAAAAUACA